AAGAAAAGAAAACACAUGGCAAGCCCUUCUUUUAGGUCUGGAAAUAAAGCUGGGCAAGUCUGGGCUCCUGAAGGAUCCACUGCUUUCAAGUGUCUGCUCUCAGCAAGAUUGUGUGCCGCUCUCCUCAGCAACAUCUCUGACUGUGAUGAAACAUUCAACUACUGGGAACCAACUCACUACCUCAUCUAUGGGAAGGGAUUUCAGACGUGGGAAUAUUCUCCAGUGUAUGCCAUCCGCUCGUAUGCUUACCUGUUGCUGCAUGCCUGGCCAGCUGCAUUUCACGCACGGAUUCUGCAAACUAAUAAGAUUCUCGUCUUCUACUUUUUGAGAUGUCUCCUGGCUUUUGUGAGCUGUAUUUGUGAACUUUACUUUUAUAAGGCCGUGUGCAAGAAAUUUGGGCUGCAUGUGAGUCGAAUGAUGCUGGCCUUCUUGGUGCUCAGCACUGGCAUGUUUUGUUCAUCGUCUGCAUUCCUUCCUAGCAGCUUCUGCAUGUAUACUACAUUGAUUGCCAUGACCGGAUGGUAUAUGGACAAGACACCCAUUGCUGUGCUGGGAGUAGCAGCCGGGGCUAUUGUAGGGUGGCCAUUUAGUGCAGCCCUUGGUUUACCCAUCGCCUUUGACUCACUGGCCCUGAAACACAGGUGGAAGAGUUUCUUUCAUUGGUCGCUGGUGGCCCUAAUUCUCUUCCUGGUGCCCGUAGUGGUCAUUGACAGCUACUAUUAUGGAAAGUUGGUGAUUGCUCCUCUCAACAUUGUUGUGUAUAAUGUGUUCACUUCUCAUGGACCUGAUCUUUAUGGUACAGAACCAUGGUAUUUCUACUUAAUCAAUGGAUUUCUGAAUUUCAACGUUGCUUUUGCAUUGGCUCUUCUGGUCUUACCACUGACUUUUCUUAUGGAGUACCUGCUGCAGAGAUUCCAUGUUCAGAAUUUAGGACAUCCAUAUUGGCUUACCUUGGCACCAAUGUAUAUUUGGUUUCUAAUUUUCUUCAUCCAACCUCACAAAGAGGAGCGAUUUCUUUUCCCAGUGUACCCACUUAUAUGUCUCUGUGGCGCUGUUUCUCUUUCUGCUCUUCAGAAAUGUUACCACUUUGUGUUUCAACGAUAUCGCCUGGAGCAUUACACUGUGACGUCCAGCUGGCUUGCAUUAGGAACAGUCUUCCUGUUUGGGCUCUUGUCAUUCUCUCGCUCUGUGGCUCUGUUCAGAGGAUAUCAUGGACCCCUUGAUUUGUAUCCGGAAUUUUACCGAAUUGCCACAGACCCAGCCAUCCACACUGUCCCAGAAGGCAGGCCUGUGAAUGUUUGUGUGGGAAAAGAGUGGUAUCGCUUUCCCAGUAGCUUCCUUCUGCCUGAUAACUGGCAACUUCAGUUCAUUCCAUCGGAGUUCAGAGGUCAGCUACCAAAGCCUUUUGCAGAGGGACCACUGGCCACUCGGAUUGUUCCUGCUCACAUGAAUGACCAGAACCAAGAGGAGCCUUCCAGAUACAUUGACAUCAGCAAAUGCCAUUACUUAGUGGACUUGGAUACCAUGAGAGAAACACCCUGGGAGCCAAACUAUUCAUCCAACAAAGAAGAGUGGAUCAGCCUGGCCCAUAGACCAUUCCUGGAUGCAUCUAGGUCUUCAAAGCUUUUUCGGGCAUUCUAUGUCCCCUUCCUGUCGGAUCAGUAUACGGUGUAUGUGAACUACACCAUCCUUAAGCCUCGGAAAGCAAAGCAAAGCAGGAAGAAAAGUGGAGAGUGGAGGAGAGCAGAAGCCGCUCACAGAAGAGCUGAGAGCCCUUGACUGGGUGUGUGUGCCAGCUGUUCUGCACACUCUGGCCUGGUGUCUGGGAACUAGCAAGUCUUCUUUAGGCUACCUGGUUUCUCCACCAAAGCUGUUUGGCAGCUCCUAGAGACCUUGUUCAAAUCCGAGUGCUGAAAAGCACAGCCUAGUUGCCAAGUGACAUGUCCUUUCACCUCCAGCAAGACGCAUUCACAGGACUACAACCCUGGCCUGGGAGCUCAGGAAAAAAGGCGACCACUGAAGAACUGUGACCUAAUCUUAUUAUUUAUGAUGCCUCUAAUUUUCAUUUUAUUUUCUUUAAAAUCAAUAAUAAUCAUAUGGCUAUUUGUGAAGGGUUUUAAUAUUUUAAAAAAUGUUUCAGCAUGAUAUAUCUUGAAUCCUAGACUCUGUACAACUAUACCGGGCAUCUUCGGAGAGAAGUAUAUCAGUAGAGUUGGGUGACAUCAUAUCUUAAAGGAGCUUGAGACUAUUUUGCGGACAUUGAGGAUUCCUUUGUGUAAAAUGAUGGCCCCGAUGAAAUGGAAAGGUCAGUGUGCAUACAUAGCACACACUUCAAUUCUGCUGCAAGGUGUCCUUGAGCAGGCACGGUUAGUUAGUUGCACAGGCAGUUUUAAGGACUACUAAAGGCUGCCUGUUAGUUCCCCUUCCCUUUCAAUACGGCACAAUGUAUAAGACAUUUUCUCAGUGUCUCAUUUGAUCCUCAGCCACUGCAAGGACCCACUUCACAGAAGAGGAAGCAGAUGAAGGUGGAGAGGAGAAGUGGCUUGUCCGUUGUCACAUGUGUGGGCAGUAAGUCAUAGGCCUGGGUGUCGAAUCCAGGCUGUCUGACUUCUCAUGGUCUUAGAACUGUCCAUGCCUCUCCUCCACCUAUGAAACACGACUUGGGAGGAGGAGUAGAUUGACCACAGGCCACGUUUGUUUCGUCAGUUUCUGUUUUAAGGAAGAUGUUUAGGUAUAGUUCUUUGAGUCCUUUGGAGCCUGUGGGUGAUACCUCGCUUAGCAGUGCUGUGUGGUAUUGCCAGUCCUCGGUAGGAGGGUCCUGGCUCUAUAACCCACAGGCCCUUCUACAUACAGACUUGUUGUCCCCGUGGGCCACGUUACAGGUGCCUUAUUUCCUUAAGGGUGACAGGCUCUAGCAGUGCGGAGGAUAGAUCUGAUUUUCACCGUUUCCGUUCUCCUGUUUCCUUUUUUUUCUUUUUAAGGAAAGUAACUUUCUAAUGUGAAUUAGUCCCAAUAAAAGAAUAAAGAGGACAGAAAAACAA